CUCUCCGUAGGUAAAUAUGUUUUAAGUUCUCGUAUUAAUAACGCUCCUCCGUCCGCUUGUCCGCCGUGCUACAGCAAAAACUCCAGUCGCUGGACUUUCCCACAAAUGAAAACAAAGAACUGUCAAUUUCGAGGGCCCGAUCAAUAACGAAUGAUAUCGUACAAAGGGUAGGAUUUUGUCGUAAUUCUUUUCUUUCUAUUGUAUUAACAGCGUUUGAUGUACAUAUAUGAAUGUUCGCAUUGGUCUAAUUACGAAGCAAUGAGCAACGACUGGAAAUUCAAGGAAGAUUAGCGUGAACAGGCCCAGUAUUGUCUCAACUUUUUUGAAGACGUUGUCUUCUUAAUGGCGGAGUUGUUUUACACUAUAGAACUAGCCAAGCGCUCAGCCACGUGUUUAUUGUUCAUCCAAUGCCGGCCAAGAAGAAGCUCACUGAAGAAUCACAAUCAGCUGUGUAUACCGUAUAGUCCCCCCCGCCCUGCAGACUUUGAUGUUACCCUUUCUUUCAAACUCUUUGUGUUCAGUUACCUUUCUUCUUUCCUGGGAUUUACUUCCGUCCCCAGACAAGACGACUUGAUGGAUGGUAUUGCUGUCUCGUCUCAAUCGACCCGCUCGUCCGCCAACGGAGUCGCCGUAAUCUGCCCAAGUGCAUCCGACCGGAUUGGAAAACGCCGUGCGUGCAGUUUCGUUCGACUGCGCUUGCCCCGGAUGCCGCUGCUGUCGGGUAGGGGUGGAACGAAGAAGAAGCUGGAUGGGUAAUAAAAGGGUCUCGUCCCGAAACUCUUCUCGUCAAUGUGUACCCUGGCGUCCGCAAGCGUUUUUGCGUUCCAUGUCGCCUCCUGCCGCCGGCGCCGCUACUCACACCGACGCUUCUAUAUAAGAAGUCAUGGCAAGGAGCCCGACUGUUUCAGUCGCGUACGGCCAGCGCUUUCAAGCGUUCAUCCUUUCGUAGUAAUUUUUUUUUUCUUUUUCUUUUGGCGUUCGAUGCCAACUGUUUGGACGGUUAAACUGUGUUGCGCCGGACGUCGAUCCAGCUGCUUUUUGAUCCAUUUUUUCUUUAUUUCUGAUGGUUUUGCGGCUUCAGUUAGUGCGUUUAAUUUCUUUCAGCUCUUGAGCCCAACGACUCGAUAUCGAAUUGCCCAAAAAAAAGGUUUUUUUUAUGGAUGGAACGUGAUAUCGUGACUUAGGUGUCUCUUUCCCUGUGUGUGUGUGUAUCCGCCGUGCGUGCGUAUAGUGCAUAAGUGUGAGUGUGCCCGCCCUCGGCCGCACGCCGGGCAAGAAAACCUCCUACAUUAAAAAUACCGCUGGACACACAGAUUUUUUUUUUUUUUACUUGGUUUGAACUAACCGAUCUCGCACACUCGGGGAUAUCAAGAACAUUUCUUAUUUUAUUUUUUCAAAAUUGUUUAUCUUUGACGUCGUAAACUCCACCGAUUUCGCUAACAACUGUGGCGUAGCUUGCGGCUCUGCCAUCUACCCUUUCAUUAAAUCAUUCAGGUCGAUACAAUUAACGGGACAAAUAAUCCUGGCCAACGGGUCGACAGAUGGAGCUGAUUAAACGACGCGUGAUUGAAGCGAGGACUUGAACGGGACAGGGCCAUACAAACACGGAAGCCAAUCCAUCUGAAAUAUUGAACGCGAAGCGCGGAAAACUGGAAAUUAAAAAAAAAAAAGAGGCUGCAGCAAGGCAAGUCGAGUGGGGUUCGGUCUGAUCCACUUAAACUAAGGCCGCCUAUCCUUGAUCGGCUUCCCGCUUCUUUCAUUUGGCCAAUCAUCGCAGGCGCGUUUUGAGCCGCCAUGCGUCACCCAACGGGACGGCCGACCAUCUUAGUCUUCUGCGUUGCCGCUAUUUUCGGUUUGCAUCAAGGCCGGCCAGCCAAUGCCAUACUCAACUGUCUGCUGGCCCAUCAAGCUGUGCGCAGAAGAUCCUUCGUGCAAGUCCAUCGAGACGGUCAUCCAGCACAUAUGCGGCCCGGAAACAGUGGCGUGUUCGACGACGACGGUGACCAAAUGUCAGGCCGGUUUGCGGACGUUGCAAGCCUUUCCCGUCUUCCAUCCGACCUGCUUAUGUCGUGAGCCGUCCGUCGACCCCGACUGCAACGCUUUUCGGGACUCGCUCUUCGAUCAUCCUUGCAUGGUAGCCACUCAAAAAGAGCGUGACUUGUACCCGAUCCAUGCCCUACCGACGUGUACACACGCGCUGGACGUCUGCCAGAAAGAUCUGUCGUGCACCCGGCUCUACAACGACUUCCGCGAGCAUUGCAAACUGCGUUCGGGCGUCUGCCGCGAUAAGGAAACGUGUUUCAACGCAUGGAGGGGAUUGCGGAUGACUCCGCUCUUCGGCUGCUUUUGCCCAGGAAAUGACCAGAAGAAAUGCGAAAGGAUCUACUCGUUUAUUUACAACAACACCUGCGUCGGUCUCCACAUUAUGCACGUUUCCAAGACCCAGUUUGUUUUAGUUGAACCUUUGAACGCCAUGGCAUUACCCGUCCACCGUCGUCGUCGUCGCUAUCUUGUUAGAUAUUUCCCCCCUCACUUGACCCCACCCACGUCGUCUUCAACUUGGCUUGAUGACGAACAUAACGAGCUAGCACUUGAUGCGACUAACACGGUCACUACCACCACCACAACCGCACUGCCUUAUAGCGAUGUAAUUAGCACGAGCACCAAUCCCGAGCACGAGCACAAUGACGGCACAUCACCUACGCCCGUUCGUCUUGUUGAUGAACCAACCGCAUCGCUCCGUGUCGCUGUAGGCAGCUGGCAAGAGACGCUCAACCGUCAGCGGGAGACGGACGCGCGCCAAAUCGAGACCCGUUUGAUGGACAGCGUUCAUCAUCAACAUCAUCACGGAGCUGCGGCCGAGGCCGGCUCGAUCGACGUGGCUCGUUUCAGCCAUUUUCUGGAAAGCGCUCUGACUCGCACGAGGAUCGGCUACCAUUCGUCUUCGUCGUCCGUCUCUUCGAUUCACGCGGCCUCGGCCGCUGCCGCUGGAUACGUGGCCGGUAGUCAUAAUUCUUCGUACUACACGACGACGUCGUCCAACACGUCGGCCGUCAAUGGCUCAUCAUUCAACCACACUGGUGCGGAUGAAAUCGCCGACGGAGGUGUUGGCCGAGUGGUCUCCAUCUAUCAGAGCACGUGCCAUAAAGCGCUAAGCAAUUGCCAGUCGGACCUUCAAUGCCGCAAGCAUUUGGACCCGUUCCUUCGCUAUUGCAAUGGCGCUGCAAGCAGCGGCCUGGCCGGAAGCGCCGACACCUGCCAUCGUGACUUGUGCAUGCAAGCCCUCCAAGGAUUCUACAAGGACGCUCCGCUGCAAUGGAGUCUCGAAGUGGCUUUCUGCGUUUGCAAGAAAAGUCAAAGUAGGAACGACGAAUGUCUUGUGGCGCAAGAACGCCUCCAUCCUGACUGCGCUAGACGGCCGGAACGCUACCAUUCGCCUCCAGCGACUGGCCCUUCAUCGACUGGCAUGGGCAGUAUGGCGGCUUCAUCUCCGGCAAUUGGAAAUAAUGAAGCGAAUCAUUCACCUCACCACACGCCCGCGUGUCAUCAUUUGGCCGAAGAAUGUAAAGCUCAUCCGGAUUGCAAGCCCCGAUUGGAAUUUUACGUCCAAGCUUGUGCAGUAGACAUCGUAACAAAAGGCUGCGCUGGCCCACCAUCCAUCUGCCGACGUGCUGUGCUGGAUAUCCUGGGCACGGAUCUGAGAACAACCUGCACCUGCCGGACGGCCCAGCAUUUAGGCGACAUGGCCGCCAUGUACGACUGCACCGAAUGGCAACGACUUCUUUGGCUCAAUCCGUGCGUUGUGGAAGCGCAGAGGGACUUUCACAAGAUUCAAGGCAACCUGAAAGUGGUCACCGUGCCGACACCGACGACAGCGCCAACAUCCAGUAACGGGAGCAGCUUCACGGUGGGCGGUCGUCAGACGUCCAGCGCGGAUGACGAUCCUCGUCAUCAUCUUUUCACUGUCGUCGUUCCCAGGAAAACGUAUCGUCCUCAAGAAACGAAUGCCAGCGACGGACGGAUUCCCGUUACGUCCGACACGACGAGUAGCACAAACACCGUCACGUGGUCCACCACAUCGACGGCCACGAGAUUCAGCACAGCUUCCGAUCCGUCCACAACCGACAUGAUUACGCGGCCUACCGUUCCAGCCAAAUAUUGCACGCUGGAGCGGCCCAAUAAGCGCGUCGUUCACUUUGCAGAAGGAACGAGUAAACGAUUAUACCACGAUGAUGAUCCGGACUGUUCGGAACUGUGCCGUUGCGGAGCGGGACAAGUCGUGACCUGUUCGAUUUCGGACUGCGCUCAACGCAAACCGUGUCAGACAUCGGCAGCUGUUUACGCUCACGCCGCCACGGCUUUUCAGGCCUAUCGAGGAGAGUGUCUGUGCUUCUCCGGUACUUUGGUCUGCGCCCGACCUGAUCCAGGUCAAUACUCGCUACCUUUGGGCGUCUUCCUGUUUAUCGGCUACUCGCAAACCGACGAGAAGGCCAUCUACCAGUUCACGCACAUCAAUGUGUCGAGGUCUUUGCUGACCGGACUUCACAGGCUCAUGUACUUCACGCCGCCCGAGCAGGCGGAGAACGAAUGCCGCAUGUCCAUCCAUGAUCAGAUGGAAGAGAACCUAAUCUUUCAGAUCCGGUUGCCGAGUUUGGAUGAUCAGAGAGUCAACAAUUCCGUCACGCUCGAGAUGCUCACUCACGAGAAGGCACAGUGUUUACCGGUGGCCAACAGAUUGCGGCAUAUGAUUAAUAAAAGGUCGCCCGAUAUCAGAGAGGAUGAAGCCUUGUCUGUUGUCAAAGUGGCUGAUACGGCGUCCGUUCUGCCCGAACCCCGGCGAUCUUCGGCCGGUCGUGAGUUGCAGCAAUUAUGGACGAUUGCAGCGGCAGUGUGGUCGUCCUUUAUCGUGACUAAUCGAUGUUAUAGAUAGGAAAACUUUUUGAAAUUGAUUUUUUUGCAUAGGAAUGAUUUUUAUUUAUUCAUUGGACUGAAUUUUUCGAGUUUUAUAUUUAUAAAGAACAACAAAAUAAUUUAUUCGUUUAUUUACAUUCUAUAAUAAUCUGCACUGACAGACCUCUCCCAGCAAUAGACACCAAUUUUUUUUUUUUUACGUAUGAGUGUGCGCGUGUGCGUUUGUGUGUGUGUGAACAGCUGUGUAUUUAAUUCCCUACGCCCAAUGACGUUUCAAUUUCGCACGCAGCAUUGCACGAAAAGCGGGCAAAAAAAAAAAAAAGACGGAAGACAAACAAAAUAACCAAAUCAUCCGCAAUCACGUCUGUGUUACCUUCUCCUUUUAAUAAGACCUCACCACACCCGAAUGUGUUCCUCAUUUUAAAAAGGAAAAAAAAAACAUAACGGGAAAUAAUUUUUUUUUUUGUUAAAUUUUA